AUGACAUCAACGCCAUCGCUCUCCACUCCAUCACCUCCCUCGAAGGUCGGAAUCGGCAUGAACCCAGAAGUACCAAAAGCGGAUCCAAUGCCUGAUUUCCUGGCCGAACUUCCCCCCGGGACCCCAGAGGUCAUCGCCUCCAACGUAAAGGCAAUCAAAUCCGCCCUCCGCAAGCAUCUGGAGGAAGGCGGCGAGCCCAAGUCCGACUAUAUCGUGAUCUCUUAUGUUGGGCCCCAUGUGGUCCAACAGCUGAUCAAUAACCCCCGCCAGUUUGGUGGGCCGGCAAUACGACUGUUCUACAAUGAAGAUCUGCGAAAGUUGGUGGUCAAAAUUCCCAGAAAACCUCACGAACGGGCCACCGAGCAUCUUGAUUCUUUCAUUACGCAUCAAUUGUUUACCAUGGGGCUCCAGGCACACCUCGCUCUCGAAGGCUCUGCGACAGUCCAGGACGCACCCUACGCCAAGGAACCCGACGCCUCCUACCAGCCACGAGAGAACAUCCCAGGACGAGACAGCAGGUGGCCAAGCGUGGUCGUGGAGGCCGGGCUCUCAGAGGGUCUUGGUCGACUCCGCAUCGACGCGCAAUGGUGGCUACUCAGGUCUAGAGGCCAGGUCAAGUUGGCCAUCGUCAUUUCCGUGAAUCGAAAUGAGCCCAGGAUUCUUUUCGAGCAGUGGGAGGCUUACUCCGGCCCGAGCAGGAGUGGCCAUGACCUUCGCAGUGACAGUAGGGGCGAGUUGCGGGCAGAGCGAACCCACCGGAUCACCAUCACUCAUCAGCUGGGCACGACUACCACCGUCGGGGAUCCCUUGGUGAUUCCCUUCAGGAGCGUCUUCUUGAGAGAUCCCGCCAACGCUGUCGAGCAGGACUUUGUGCUCACCAGAGCGGAUCUCGAGCUGAUUGCUGGUUUUGUCUGGGAGGCGCAGGGCUUCAUCCAGAAGGCUUCACGUUGA